CACACUGGGGAAAAGCCUUAUGAAUGUAAACAGUGUCACAAGUGUUUUAGCCAAGCAGUUCACCUAAGGAAUCAUGAAAGAGUUCACACUGGGGAAAAGCCCUAUAAAUGUAAACAGUGUGGCAAGUGUUUUAGCCAAAAAGGAAGUCUAACAUGUCAUGAAAGAAUUCACACUGGGGAAAGGCCAUAUAAAUGUAAACAGUGUGGCAAGUGUUUUAGCCAUGUUGGAAGCCUUAGGAUCCAUGAAAGAGUUCACAGUGGAGAAAAACCAUAUAAAUGUAAACAGUGUGACAAGUGUUUUAGCCAAAAAGGAAGUCUAA